AUGCCUGGAACAGUUCUACCUAGAGAUGCUCGUCUCAUUGCAUUAAUACUUUCAGCUAAUCCAGCAAUAUCUGAUGCGCAACCGCAAGUACUCCACCAAUUAUUAGAGUUCUCUCAUAGGUAUUCAUCUCAAGUGAUGAAUGACUCCUUGGUAUAUGCCGAACAUGCAGGGAGAGUGGGAAACAUUACGAUGGAGGAUUUGACACUUGCAAUUCAAGCGCGAGCGGGCUGGGAGUUUGCGGGUCGCAUACCGAAGGAGUAUCUGCAAUCACUUGCUGAUAAGACCAACUCUGUACCCCUUCCGUCCAUACCAGAAACCUAUGGUGUUCGAUUACCACCAGCCAAGCAUUGUCUCACUCAGGUCGAUUUCGAUUUAGUGCCAAAUCGACCGCCACCAGGUAGUGACUACUAUUACGACGAGGAGGCAGCAAAGUACGAGCAAGAUGCUGAAGGAGAGUGGGGAUUGGUGGAUGCGGAAGGUGAGGCAGAUGCUGCCGGAGAGGACGACGCAAUGGGGGAAGAUGAGCCUGGAUUAGGGGACGCAGACGAAGGCGGAGAUUUGUUUGGGGAAGACGAUGAGGGAGAUGACAUGGAUGAUGAUGAGGAUACGUCCCAUGAUCCGCUUGCAGGUUUGCAGAGUAUGUCGAAUGGUUUUGGCCAACCUGGAUCCGGAGAUUAUCAGCCUGCUCGGAGACUGGUUGUGGAGGACGAGGAUUAUGAUGCUUGAGACUGCUUGUAUUUUGAC